CGCGAGGGCUGUUUAUUUUUGGUUUUUCGUCGGGUAGCUGUGCUCCGCGUUGGCAAUUUGCACGAGUAAUGCGCUUCCUGGCCGCGUCCCAUUGUGCAUCGUGUUCGAAAAACAGCUGACGAAGCAGCAAUGACCACGGAAACGAAAAUGAGCAGCUCCGAGGAGGUGUCCUGGAUCUCGUGGUUCUGUGGUUUACGCGGGAACGAGUUCUUUUGCGAGGUGGAUGAGGACUAUAUUCAAGAUAAAUUUAAUUUAACGGGGUUGAAUGAACAAGUACCACAUUAUCGUCAGGCAUUAGAUAUGAUUCUUGAUCUUGAACCUGAUGAUGAUCUGGACGAUAAUCCAAAUCAAUCAGACUUAAUCGAGCAGGCUGCGGAGAUGCUCUAUGGUCUUAUCCACGCACGUUAUAUACUUACCAAUCGUGGCAUCGCUCAAAUGAUCGAAAAGUACCAAGCGGGCGAUUUUGGUCAUUGUCCACGAGUUUAUUGUGAAUCCCAACCAAUGUUGCCACUAGGGCUUAGUGAUGUUCCUGGCGAGGCAAUGGUCAAGAGUUACUGUCCUAAGUGCAUGGACGUUUAUACACCGAAGAGCUCGAGACAUCAUCAUACUGACGGAGCGUAUUUUGGAACGGGAUUUCCACAUAUGCUAUUCAUGGUCCACCCUGAAUAUAGACCAAAACGUGCAGCAAAUCAAUUUGUACCUAGAUUAUAUGGCUUUAAAAUUCAUCCUGUAGCAUAUCAGAUUCAACAACAAUCUGCGUCCACGUUUAAAGCACCAUUACGGGCUCUCAACUAUAAUAACGGGAAACGUUAA